AUGUACAUCAUAAAUGCAAACAUUUUCGUCAUCCAGCCAGUGGUGAGUGAUCUUCGCAUUUCAGAGUUGUUUGGCAAUGAUGUAAAAGUUGGAUUGCAGCAGCAGUUGCCGUCAUCUGCUAAAAGCUUUGUCACUCAGUACAGCGGAUUGAAGAAGGUUGGGAAGGGAAAGGGAGAGUCAAACGUUUGCGCAUGUAACGGCGCAGACAACGGGCGUCCUUCUCUACGUAAUUAA